UCAAGCGAUUUGUACGUUGUACCUAGAAACAAACGGAGUCUGAGAAAGAUAAGUAGAAAAGAGAAACUGCCUGAAGUGAGUCCCCCUUAGGUUUCCGACUUUGAGAACAAUGGCUUCAGAAUCUCCGAGUUCGUUACGCAAAGUUGUCGUCCACCUUAGAGCAACUGGUGACGCUCCCAUACUCAAGCAAGCGAAAUUCAAGAUAGCUGGAACUGACAAAUUUGUCAAAGUCAUUGACUUUCUUCGUCGACAACUUCACAGGGACACACUGUUUGUAUAUGUCAACAGUGCCUUUUCGCCAAACCCAGAUGAGUUGGUUAUUGAUCUGUAUGAUAAUUUUGGAUUUGAUGGGAAGCUGGUAGUUAAUUAUGCUUGCUCCAUGGCAUGGGGUUGAAGAACCAGUGGUAGAUUCUAAGCUGUAUUGCUGACUGAACCAAAAUUAUGAAGGAGCUUACAUUUCUCUCUCCCUCCUGGUACAUGUGAAAUAACAACAAUGAUUUGGAAAAGGACCUCCUAAAAAGCUUGCUACAGUUGAAAUACACUGGUGUUGCCUUGCAUUCUUGAAUAAGGCACAUUUUUUCUUCUUAUCUUUGUAUAUGAUCUGGAUUGCCAAUAGGUAAUUUAUCAAUUGUGAUGUGGUACAUUGGCCAAUUGAUUCUGUUACCAGUGUAAUAUUAAAGUUGAUAUUCUUGUUCCUUUCCUACAAUGUAGACUGUUGUACCCGUAUGUUAUUAUUGCUUCCAUUUGUUCCUUCACCAA